AAUAUUUUGAUAAUUUAAUAACAAAAAUUGUCAACACUGCAAAAAACUUUCAUUCCUUAUUAUUUUUAUUAAGUUAAUUUUCUGCAAAACUAGAUAUUUCAAGUUGAACAUCGCAUUUGCGAGAGGUGGCAUUUUGGAGUGCGCUGCGCAGAUCAAUAUGCCUCCACACUUCUCCCCUUGACCACGAUCAGGGAGGGAGGGAGGAAGGAAGGAGGAGGGAGAGUCCGGCUGGAACGAAAAGGGGAUCGAAAACGAAGGCACCUUGUGCAGGUGGGGCUGAACUAUUCCGCGCGACUCAUUACCGACGUGUUUCGGACAUGGUAUGAUCGACAUCAUCAACCACCUGACCCCGAUUUAGGAAAAAAAAAAUGUCUAUUUUCAGUUACUGUUGUAGAUAUUGCAUCAGAAACGCAUUUGGCCACGUCGAUGAUGGCGUAACAUGUGACAUAACUAAAUGACUCAGCACCCACUUUUUUAUAAGUCACACUUUUACUUUACCGACAAAAGGGACAAUCUUUAUUUAUUUGCAACCUGUCGAUAUCAAAAGUAAAAUUAUAAAGCAGGUGACGCCGAAAGAUGAUUUACAAAUUAAUAUUACACCGAAUGAAAAUUAUUUGUCGUAAUUCGCUCAGUCACAAACUAAUUAUGCAAAGUUAAGUAUUAACAGACAACUAAUAUCUAUUCGAAAAUGCUUAUCUCAUAAUAGAUAAUAAUAAAAAACUAAAAUAAUUUACCGAAAAAUUACACCCGCCACUGAGUUAAAUUUUCUAUCUUUUAUUUUUGAAAUAUCUUGGCACUGUAGUUAUAAGAACAGGGAACGUGUUUCAGGACCAAGAAGCACUUAAUUUGUCAAAAAAUGUAUAGAUGACAAGAAAUUCAUGGUACAAAGUGUGCUACAAUGAUUUUCAUCUAGUGGUCUGUGAAUUUCUAAUGUAAAAUCAAAAUACCGCUGAUGAUAGAUAGGUAUUCAGACAUCGAAUAUUGUCAUUCUCCAACUCAGAAAUAAACUCCGACAAUAACAGUAUUUUCUUGCACAGUGUAAUAUGCUUGUUAAUUGCUUUUUAACGAAAUGUUUGAAUGUAGUUAACUGACAAUUUGUGAAUUUACACAUUUUUUUUACAUUAUAAACCAAUUUUAAAGUUAACUACAUGAAAAUCAUUUUAAAACAACCUGUCAAUAAAAACAUUGUCAUAUUUUGUCAAAUUUAGGCACUGUGUACACCAACCACAAAAAUAAUUACCAAAAAAAUCGUGGUGAAAAACGUCAUUCUUGCAUCAAAAUCGAGAAGAAAAUAUUUUUCUUAAUUUUCAAACUUACAUCAACUGUCAAUCAAAUUGUCAAUUAAACGGCCAACUAACUUUAAUUAACAAAUAACAUAAAUGAAAGUUGAAACCGAGAAAAAUAGAAUAAAAUAUUCGUUGCAGAAGGUCAUUUAGGUACUUGUCCGUUCAAAUGUUUACCAGAAUAGAUUACCUUCUCAGACUUUUUUAGUCGGUAAAAAUUAUAUAAUAAAACAUUUUUGUAAUUUUGACAUUGUUGAACCCAAGUAGCAGUCGGUACCUUCAGAAAGGUAUUUCCUCUAUGACUAUUAAUAAAAAUUAAAAAUAAACCACAUGCACAGUUCAUGCCAGAGCGCAACAGAAAUAGAAAAAGGACUAUUUUCUACCACUUCCUUUUCGUCAGUUACGAAACAAUCAUUAAAUUUAUUCGCUCCUAUUAAAAACAAUUUCCCCUUUUAAAUUUUUUUGUGGUUAUUGGCGAAUCACAACAAAAAAUUUAGUAAAAACGUACAAGAAACCCCUCGAAUGCUAAUCAAGGUAACACAAUGCUGUAUUACAACAUCCUGGCUUGCAACACGAGUACAGUGUGACAGUCUAUAAAAUUCACAAUAAAAAAGACAAAAUUUCCGGUUAUCUACCAAACGAGAAAAAAUUAUUAACACGAGAUUAAUUAAAUUAGAAUAAAAACCGAUGAUACGAUAAUAGCCUGUGAGCGAGCUUUGGUUAGAUGACUUCCUAGCAAUGCGGCCGCUACUCUGUCUAUUUCCAGUUCGUCUGCCGGCCAGACAAAGCGCCAGGUAUUUAUAGAAAGCGUGCUUUGUUUGUUACUAGGUGUUCACAAAAAGUUUUACAUUCAAAAAUUAUCAAAAAAAAAAUAAUAAUAAUAAUAGUUACACCACAACCUAGACUGUGAUAAACUGACGUCGUGUGUUGUAAUGUUUAACAACCUUACAAACUUUGAUCGACGAAUUGCACCUACAAUUUCUCAAAUAAGACGAAAUGUAAACGCGAAUUUUUCAAGCUUCGCUUUUAUCACAGCGGUUUCCGUCAAAACAACGUUAUUUUUGCUAAUUCGGCGGCGAUUAAUUACAUUUCCAACACAUAUCCGCCAAUUUGAUUUAUCGAUAAGUUUUAAAGUUUUGCGUUUUAUUUCCAAAUUGUUUCGUAUUAUUAUUACCCUUAAAUUAACGAGGAGGAAGUACACGAAUGUAACACUCAACAAUAAUAAUAGUUUGAAGUUUACGACUUACACCCAAGAUGAUGAAAUGUAUCGCAUCGACAUACGAGUGAAUUUAAUAAUAAUAUUUUUCUAUAGUUUUAUCUCCAAUACAGAAAUUUUGUACCAACCUUGCUUAAAACCAUUUUCAAGUGUCAUGAUUUUUGGCACCUAGGCAACAAGGAUAAUAUUAUCAAUUCGAUAAUAAAUAUCAUUAUUUGAUAAUUUUCCACGGAAAAAAAAUAGUAAUUUUUGUAUUAAGUGCGCGAAAUGAGUGUUUUUUUAAUGGCGCCUGAGAAUGUUAUUUUAGUCGAGACCGCCAGGUCGAGACCUAAAAGACAUUCGAAGGCGCCAUUAAAACAUGAAUUUCGCCACGAAAUACAAACAACGUUUUUUCUACAGCCUCCAGAUGAAGAAAAAAGUAACAGAAAUUAGUUGGAACAAAAUGGUCUGAUAAAUCGAGUUGCUUGCAUGGUUACGAUGAUAAAUAAAAGUGAUAGUUGCGAAAAAUUUGUCACAAUAGGUAUUUUUGUUGAAGAAGUGUGAUGGAUUUUAGCAGCGAAAACGAAAUAGAUGCAAUUGCAAGCGCGGCAGUGUCGAAUCUUUUGCCUGCUAAAUCAAGACCGCAGUACGAAAAAACGUAUCUUCAGUUUCGGCAGUGGUGUUCUAUGAAAAAGAUUGAUCAAGUAACGGAAAAUGUUUUGUUGGCGUAUUUGGAAGAAAAGUCUACCACCUUAAAGCCACCAACACUCUGGGCCCUUUAUGCGAUGUUGAAAGCCACCUUAAACGUUAAAGAGAAUAUCGAUACACGUAAGUUUCCGAAGUUAGUGCCCUACCUGAAAAGCAAAAGCGUAGGUUACAGAAGCAAGAAGUCGCAAAUUUUAGACAAAGAAGACAUUAGCAAGUUUAUUAAUGAAGCAGAUGACAAGAUAUAUUUACUGAUGAAGACUGUGCUAAUUUUGGGUAUAUCGGGAGCCCUUCGACGUGAAGAAUUAGUUAAAAUGAAGCUAACUGACAUAGAAGAUAAACAGUCUGUCUUAAUUGUGAAGGUGCCUGAUACAAAAACCCACUGCGAACGAAUAUUUACUGUUUCAAAUUUAGAAAAUAUAGAAAUUGUCAGAAAAUAUAGAGCUUUGCGGCCUCCACGGGCGACUAGUGACCGUUUAUUUUUAAAGUAUACCAACGGAAAAUGUGUGAAUCAAAAUGUUGGAAUUAACAAAAUCGGAGAGAUACCAAGUUUGAUUGCAAAGUGGCUUAACAAAGACGAACCUAAAAAAUAUACUGGUCACUGCUUCAGAAGAAGCUCUGCCACUCUUUUGGCGAAUGCUGGAGGUGAUCUAAUUUCAAUUAAACGUCAUGGGGGCUGGAGAAGCAGCACAGUGGCAGAAAGUUACAUCGAGGACUCUUUGAAUAAUAAAAUUGAAAUUGCCAAUAAAAUUCAACCUUCUUCCUCCACAGAAGAAAACAAAAUCACUCAACCUUCUACAUCGGCUUCUUUUAAUGGCGAAAAUAACUUUCAUUUACAAGCGUCUUCACUCAGGCCUCUGGGGAUAAACGGGGGCACGUUUUCGUCAUGCACAUUUAAUUUUCAUAUGUCAAAGUAAAUAUCUAUUAUUAUUGUUUUGUAAUAUUGUUCUGUAUAAUUAUAAAACCUUUAAAACUA